UCAGUCCCCGUCCACUUUCACCCCACUUAGGGUGGCCGCUCUACCUAAAAUGCCCUUGAAGAGGGUCGUCGGCGAAGCGAAAAAUUUCUCGCAAGCUCUCAAGCGAAAGAAAACAAACCCUCGAUCGGAGGGAGAGAGAGCGCCGGAAAGGAGCAAGAGAGAGAGGGGGAGAUGGAGCAGAACCAGAGGGCCCCGAGGCCUCUUCAGCUCCACCCGGCCCGGGCCGCCAUCGUCGAUCUCUUCAACGUCUACCUUGGGAGAAAUUCCCGGCAGCGGCCCGAAGACCCCUCCCGCGAGACCUCGAACAAGAUGCAGAAAAGGGUGACUGCCCCCAACAGAGAUCUUCCACCUCGAGAUGAGAAGUUUAUCUUAGAUUUUGAACAGUUGCAAGGACAAUUCCCGGACCAGGACCAACUGCGUGCUGUUACAGAAUCAGUUCUUGUGUCUUUCAUCAUUCAGUGCAGUGGUCAUGCACCACAAUCAGAGUUUCUUUUGUUUGCAAUACGGGGCUUGUGUGGCAUAGGCUAUGUGAAGUGGGACACUUUCCUUCCUUCUCUCCUUUCAGCAGUUUCCUCUGCGGAGGCAUCUGUUGGUCAGGGCACGCCAGGUGCGGCAGGAGUACAGUCUACUGGCGUGUCAUCAUCCAUGAUGAUACCUUCAUCAUCUACAGUUGCAGUACCUAAUUCUUCAAACUUCCAUGCUUCAAAUCCAGCUUCUCCCCUAUCAACAAUCCAUGGUAUUGGAUCUCCUGCCCAAUCUGCUACUGAACAGUCUGCUGGUGCAACUCUAUCACCGGUUAAAACCUCUGAACUGUCUGGCUCUGCACAACAAAGUAUGAUGAGGGCUAAUCAGUCACUUAGGGGCACCGCUGUCAGCUAUCUCCGUCAAUUAACAUGCAGGAUUAUUUUAGCUGGACUAGAAUCCAGUCUAAAGCCAACUACCCAUAUUGACAUUUUCUCGCACAUGCUAAAUUGGUUAGUUAAUUGGGACCAAAGGUUGCAAGGCUUGGAUGAAGCGGAUGGUAUCAAAGUCUGGAAGCCUGAGAGGCCUUUGCACGAAUGGAUGCAUAUAUGUUUGGAUGUUUUAUGGAAGUUGGUUGAGGAGGACAGAUGUCGCAUCCCCUUCUAUGAGUUGCUUCGCAGCAACUUGCAGUUUAUGGAUAACAUUCCUGAUGAUGAAGCGCUAUUUAGCAUCAUCCUGGAGAUUCAUAGGAGGAGGGAUAUGGUAGCUAUACACAUGCAAAUGUUGGAUCAACAGCUUCACUGCCCAUCAUUUGCAACUCACCGGUUCUUGUCCCAGUCCUAUCCAAGUAUUACUGGUGAACCAUUAGCAACUUUGCGCUAUUCCCCUAUAACUUAUCCAAGCGUCUUAGGAGAACCAUUGCAUGGAGAGGAUCUUGCUUAUUCCAUUCCUAAGGGAAGUCUAGAUUGGGAAAGGGCUUUGCGCUGUCUAAGACAUGCUCUUCGUACAACUCCAUCACCAGAUUGGUGGAGGCGUGUGCUUCUAGUUGCCCCUUGUUAUAAACCUCAGCAAGCAUCAACUCCUGGUGCUGUUUUUUCUCCUGAGAUGAUUUGUGAGGCUGUUGUUGACAGAACGAUAGAGCUACUAAAAAUGACAACUUCAGAAACGCAGUGCUGGCAGGAGUGGCUUAUAUUUGCAGACAUAUUUUUCUUUCUCAUGAAGAGUGGCUGUAUUGAUUUUCUCGAUUUUGUUAAUAAACUUGCCUCUCGAAUUACAAAAGGUGACCAACAGAUUCUUCGCAGUAAUCAUGUGACCUGGCUGCUUGCACAGAUUAUUCGCAUUGAGAUUGUUAUGAACACUUUAUGCUCAGACCCAAAGAAGGUGGAGACUACAAAAAAGAUCAUUUCAUUUCAUAAAGAAGAUAAAAAUUUUGAUUCAAACAAUGUCAAUGCUCAAAGUAUUCUUUUAGAUUUCAUCAGUAGUAGCCAAACCUUGCGCAUUUGGUCUUUCAAUGCUUCUAUUAGAGAGUAUCUCAACAACGAUCAGCUUCAGAAAGGAAAGCAAAUUGAUGAGUGGUGGAAGCAAGUGACAAAAGCUUCAGGAGAGCGUACAAUGGAUUUUAUGAACUUGGAUGAAAGAUCAAUGGGGAUGUUUUGGGUUCUUUCAUUUACUAUGGCCCAGCCAGCUAGUGAUGCAGUGAUGAACUGGUUUACCUCAGCUGGACAUACAGAAAUAUUACAAGGACCUAAUGUACAGUCCAAUGAUAGGAUGAUGAUGUUGCGUGAAACUUACCCUCUGUCUAUGACGUUGCUUUCUGGUUUGUCAACCAACCUAUGUUUGAAACUGGCCUAUCAACUUGAAGAAGCGAUAUUUCUUGGUCAGGCCAUUCCUAGCAUUGCUAUGGUUGAAACGUAUGUCAGGUUGCUGCUGAUUGCACCUCACUCAUUAUUUCGUCCCCACUUCACGACUCUGACUCAACGAUCUCCAUCAAUUUUGGGCAAAACUGGUGUAUCUUUGCUGCUCCUCGAAAUAUUAAACUACAGAUUGCUUCCUCUAUACAGGUAUCAUGGCAGGAGCAAGGCGUUAAUGUAUGAUGUCACAAAGAUAAUUUCUAUGAUAAAGGGUAAACGUGGAGAGCAUCGCUUUUUCAGAUUGGCUGAAAACUUAUGCAUGAAUCUCAUUCUCUCAAUACGGGAUUUUUUCAUGGUGAAGAAGGAAUUAAAGGGUCCAACUGAAUUUACUGAAACACUCAACCGGAUAACGAUAAUCAGCCUUGCUAUCACCAUCAAGACACGUGGAGUUGCUGAGGUUGAGCAUGUACUUUAUCUUCAACCCUUGCUAGAACAAAUUAUGGCAACCAGUCAGCAUACAUGGUCAGAGAAAACUCUACGGUAUUUCCCUCCAUCAAUUCGUGAUUUCCUAAUAAAUAGAGUUGAUAAGAGGGGACAAGCUAUCCAAGCAUGGCAGCAGGCGGAAACUACAGUUAUCAAUCAAUGCACUCAGCUCCUUUCACUGUCAGCUGACCCUACUUAUGUUAUGACCUACCUGAGUCAUAGCUUUCCUCAACAUCGCCAGUAUCUCUGUGCUGGUGCUUGGAUGCUGAUGAAUGGACAUCCAGAUAGCAUCAAUAGUACAAAUCUUGGACGUGUCCUGAGGGAAUUCUCACCCGAAGAAGUGACAUCUAAUAUAUACACCAUGGUGGAUGUCCUUCUUCACCAUAUUCAGAUCGAUCUGCAACAUGGACAUCUUGCACAGGAUCUUCUAUCAAAAGCAAUUGCCAAUCUGACAUUCUUCAUUUGGACACAUGAGCUACUUCCAUUGGAUAUUCUACUUCUAGCUCUUAUUGACAGAGAUGACGACCCUUAUGCUUUACGUAUCGUGAUAAGUUUGUUAGACAGACCAGAGCUUCAACAAAGGAUUAAAAUGUUUUGCGCAAAUCGUCCUUCUCCCGAGCAUUGGCUUAAUAAUCAACCUCCGAAGAGAAUUGAUCUUCAGAAAGCUCUUGGGAAUCAUCUCUCUUGGAAGGAACGGUAUCCUCCUUUCUUUGAUGACAUUGCAGCACGUUUGCUCCCAGUCAUCCCGCUAAUAAUUUAUAGGCUCAUUGAGAAUGAUGCCACAGAUAUUGCCGAUAGAGUUCUUCAUAUUUAUUCUCCACUUCUGGCCUUUCAUCCUCUGAGAUUUUCAUUUGUCCGUGACAUUCUUGCAUAUUUUUAUGGUUACCUUCCAAGCAAGCUUAUUCUACGGAUACUUACUGUGCUGGAUGUUUCCAAGAUACCUUUCUCAGAGUCAUUUCCAAAACUUGUUGGUUCAUCAAAUCCUGCUAUCUGCCCUCCACUAGACUACUUUGCUACUCUUUUACUAGGUCUUGUGAAUAAUGUCAUACCCCCUCUAAGUAGUAAGUCAAAGUCAGAUUCAGCGGGAGAUCCCUCUAGCAGUAGUGGACGGCCGGUUCAAAAUAAAUGUCAAUCAUCUUCACAGCCUGGCACAACCAACAUUUCUGAUGGGCAGAAGGCAUUCUAUCAAAAUCAGGAUCCUGGGACAUACACACAGCUUGUCCUGGAAACAGCAGCUAUUGAGAUCCUUUCACUUCCAGCAUCAGCUUCCCAAAUAGUAACUUCACUUGUUCAAAUUGUUGUUAAUGUACAGCCAACACUAAUUCAGUCCAGCAACGGGCAACAUGGAGCGUCAAGUGGACUUGGGCAAAGUUCUGGUCUACCAACAUCUCCAUCUGGUGGCAGUACCGAAUCCUUGAGCACAAACCGUUCAACUUCUUCAGCAACUGGAAUCAAUGCCACCAAUUUUGUUUCCAAAAGUGGGUACUCCUGCCAGCAGUUAUCAUGUCUGAUGAUCCAAGCGUGUGGCCUUUUGUUAGCACAGCUCCCACCAGAAUUUCACUUGCAGCUGUAUUCUGAAGCAGCACGUAUCAUUAAAGAUUGCUGGUGGCUUGUUGAUGGUAAGAGGUCACUUAAGGAGCUAGAAUCUGCUGUUGGCUAUGCUUUGUUGGAUCCAACAUGGGCUUCUCAGGAUAAUACAUCAACAGCCAUAGGUAAUAUUGUGGCCCUCUUGCAUUCAUUCUUUAGCAACCUUCCCCAUGAAUGGCUGGAAUCAACACAUACAGUCAUUAAGCAUCUUCGCCCAGUUACUUCUGUGGCAAUGCUGAGAAUUGCUUUCCGGAUAAUGGGCCCAUUGCUACCUCGUUUAGCCUUUGCUCGCCCACUUUUCAUGAAGACUUUGGCUCUUCUUUUCAAUGUGAUCGCGGAUGUGUUUGGAAAGAAUAUGCAGCCCUCAACUCCAACUGAAGCAUCAGAGAUAAAAGACCUUAUUGACUUUCUGCAUCAUGCUGUCAUGUAUGAAGGGCAAGGAGGGCCUGUACAGAGCACCAGUAAACCCAAACUAGAGAUAUUGACACUCUGCGGCAAAGUGUUGGAUCUCUUGAGACCCGAUGUGCAACAUCUUCUCUCUCAUUUGAAGACCGAUCCAAACUCCUCUAUUUAUGCAGCAACUCAUCCAAAGAUAGUACAAAAUCUGGCAUAAACAGUUACAUAUGACGUCUACCAUAUACUUAGGCAUGUGUUUCUACAGCCUCAUGUCUCAUGGCACACUCCAGAAAGACGUACCCAACUUGUGGAUUGUAACCUUGCACAACUAGCAGUCCCUCAAAUUUAGGUAUUGAUAUAGGGCCUUGGGCCAAUAUGGUAUAGGAACUUGAUAUGGUAUUGUGAUUGUACAUGUCUGGCAGCUUUUCCAACUUGGGUAUUAAUAUACGGCUCAAAUUGAGAUGUAAACCAAAGUUCAUUUUUUUAUUUGCAGAUUAGAACUGAAGUGGAUAUUGGGUUUACUUAAGUUGAAGAUUUGAUUAGAACUUCAGAAUUAAUAUUUAAAAGUGCGGUGAUACCUGUUAAGAUUAAGUACUAAAA